GUUUAAAUGCUCAUCAGCAGAACUUUAUAUUUACCUUCCAGCACAACACGAAGCUCUGAAAGCUUUUCCUUACAAGCCACAAUGUUACCUUUUUUAGCUCCCCCUCUGUAACUCCAGGGAACGGAAGAGAAAGAAUCUACGAAAAAGUUUGCUAUAAAUGACAGCUACUGAGAUUGAUAGAAUCAAAUCAUAUAAAAUCAGCCAUAUAUAUAAUUGUUAACAGUCUCCCCUGUAAAAUGCAGGCAUUAUGUCGAAAAGUGACAGCGAGGGUCUUAUCUCAGGACGGCCCAUCCUUCAAGCAGAGGGCCAAUUUGUGGCGUGUCAUUUCAGCCCCUCUGAGUAUGUACCUUGCAGAAAAAUUAGAAGAAAGGAAUUGAAGGAGAUUCUUCGAAGGGCAGCAGACAAGCAAGACAAUUAUGAGAGAGAAAAUACCCCCAGAAAAGAUGAAUUUGAAAUGAUAUCUCUGAGUGAUAGCGGUACCGUGGUGGAGUCAUGCCUAAAAUACGCUGCUAACAAGACAACUAUAACUAUGAAUGACGAAGAUGAAAAACAACAACAAAAACAGCACCAGCACCAACAACAACAAAAACAGCAGCAGCAACAACAACAACAACAACAAAAGGAACAGGAACAACAACAGCGCUUCUCUGAACUGUUACACUGGAUUAGUCAAGAGGGCGAAGAAUUCGUCCACAUCGACUCGUUCUCAGAUCUCAAAGAUGUUUUUACAUUACUUGAUGUCGUCGGAAAAUCUCCUAAUCCUGUAUUAACGACAAUAUUGAUUCGUGAAAACGAACCGAGCCUUGUUAAUGUAUCUCUAUCAAGCGUAAAAGUUGACGUGCAAUGUUCACUGUUCUGUAUGUUUCAAGCGUCAGCUGAAGCGUAGAACGGCUUCAGCAAUUUAUGAUCAGUUUUACCUGUCAAGUUCUCAGGCGUGAACGUUUGGUUGGAGCUCGCUGCGCGCGGGAUUGUGAGCUAGCUGCCCUCGGAAAACCAUCAACCCCCGCGCUCCCUGUUUUUAUCCUUUUUGCGAAAAUGGGUUGGUGACGAGAGAGCCUUUUACAACAUGCAUGGAACACUAAACUGCUCCUGAUUUGGAUCCGGUUAUAAGAGGUUGUCUUCUGCGAGUUGUGAGACUCAAGCAACAACAAGAAGAAAAUCUGAAAAAUUACGACAGCAAAGUUCACGUGAAUGAAGUCACGUGAAAUCACGCGCGCGAACAAAACACAGAAUUCAGAACACGAAAAGUUUGAACACUGGCGCUCUCACAUUGAUACCAGAGGGCAAAAGGAAACGUGUUCGACCGCGGAAGACAUGGAGGAGGCUGUGGAAAGGAAGCGUAAGGAUAAAUGACUCCGAGACAGAGGUGGCAUUGGCUGCAGAGGACAGGGUAGCCUGGAGGCAGAGAGCCUACAGCCUAACUCUCUUCUAGGAGAACGGACAAACGGUGAUGAUGAUGACGACGAAGAUGAUGAUAAUGAUGAUAAUGAAAUGUGAACUCAAAAGGUUUUAGAAUCCAUAUUGGUGGGUGGUUCAAAUUUAAUCCUAAAGGGUAUAAACAAAGGAAAUUAUAAAAUCUUUUACUGAAAAGCAAUAACUGAAACUGGCCUUCCAAAAGCCGCGUCCCAGCCAAAAGCUUUCAAGAAAAUGUCUUGAACACGAAGUCCUGUUUAUUUGCAUACUUAUUUUAAAGACAUUUUCUUGAAAGUUUUUGAGAAUGCUACUCGUAAUAAAGCAUCAGCAUACAUUCAGUUAUAGAUCGAUGGAUAGAUUUGUCUAUUUCACAAACUGGAACUUUCCUCGAUAAGUGUUUAUCUUUUUAUCCAUUUCUUUCGUUUUGAUACAAAAAUCCCCUUCUUCGAUCGUUUACUUGAAGCCCUCUCUAUAGCCCCAGCUGCUUCAUAAAAGCUCAUAAACAAAUGCCUUAUGGUUUCCCUUCACUUCAGACUUGAAAAGCGUUUUCGUCUGUAAUGUAUAGUGAUUUGUCCAAGCUGGAGAGCUCUUGGCUUGAAUUUUACAGUAAUUCUUUCUAUAUGAUG